UGCCCCCAAGCUUGCGUUUGGCUUCAUUCUCCGUCUGAUAUAUCAUGAUGCAGCCGUAGUACAAGUAACAUCACAGACAUAUUUAUUCAAUGUGUUCCAUUGACCGUUUCAAGGCCCCAUGGGUCGCCGAUUUACGACGAGCUACCUCCACACGCUCUGCUGACUUACCGUCGUACCCAAGCUCUGACCCCGAAUCUUUAGUCUCGGUGUCUCACAUAGCGUCCUUCGAAAUAGGCACAGGCGCUUCCAUCUACACUCGAUCGCUGCUACCCGCGAUUUUAAAAGCGAAACACGAAAUAAUUCUAGUGACAUGCUUCUGGGCGCAGUCGUCUACUCUCAACGCGUUGCGAGAGACGCUGCAACAGCUCGCCACGCUACGAGCAGAGCACGUUCGCACAUCGCAUCCAGAUCGCAGAACGCUGUCACCCUUGAAAGUCCAAAUCUGCUUUUCAUCCCGAUCUUUCUUCCAGAAGUUGCUUCACACAAGGUCCAGAGAUGGAUACAUAUAUCCCCGGUCAAAAUGGGUAUCGAAGCUAGGACUACCCGAUCCCCAGCUACUGGAGGCAGGUCUCAUCGAGUUACGGGUCAAAACCUUGUUCUUUCUGCCUUUCAGCGUCAUGCACCCUAAAUUUCUUAUUAUCGACCGUGAGAGGGCCUGGCUUCCUAGCGCCAAUGUGUCAUGGGAGUCGUGGCUGGAGGGCUGUGUUGAAAUCACCGGAGACGCCGUCGCCUCCCUACUGAGGUUCUACUGUAGUGUCUGGGAUAGGGAUUUGAAGAUGAACGGAGAACCGCCGGCCAUUGGCAGCUUGCAGCAGGAGGUUGAUAGCAUACUAAGUCCGGGUACAGCUAACUUCACCUCAAUCCAGAGUCCAGCGACGCACUUGAUAACACUGCAACUUGACAACAUCCCAACAAUAUUAUUGCCUUCAUCCCACCACUCCAACCCCCAAUUUCGCCCUUUCCCCUGGCAGCAGUUUCCAGGCCCACCAAUUACUCCUCUGAACUGUGCUAUUCUCCGCCUCUUAGCUAUGGCCGAAAAGAAAAUAUACAUACAAACACCCAACCUAACAUCUGCAGCUGUCAUGGAUGCCCUACUAGAAGCGCUAACUCGAGGCAUCGACGUAACUGUUGUGACAAGCAAGGGGAUGAUGAUUCUGGAACAAUUACUGACGGGGGGCACUAUCACUUCGUGGUGCUUGCGAGCAUUCGUCAAACGGUAUGAAAAACUCGUGAAGCAUCCUAUGAAUACUCGCGGGGAGGAAGACUCCAAUGGUAUCCUUGAUUUGGAAGGUCGCCCAUCAAGACCAGGGUCUCUAGAGAUAUUGUAUUUUCACUCACUUCAAGAAAACCAGCAACAGCAGAUUCCGGAAGAACCGGUUCACUCGCAUCUGAAGCUGGUCACGAUCGACGACGAAUAUGCUGUUCUUGGAUCAGGCAAUAUGGACCGCGCAAGCUGGUUCACAAGUCAAGAACUAGGAAUUCUGUUCCAAUCGAAUAGGCUUGUUACCCAAGUAAGCGAUGCUGUCAGCCAGGCGCUUCGAGGGAGGGUCUCUGUUUUCUUCAAAUCUAAGCACUAAUCGAUAUGCGGAAUAUGAUAAGCAAUUCGGACAGGGUGGUUUAGUGACCGAUUAUGAUCAUGUUCGGAUACCGGCUGCGACUCGAGUCUUUUGCAUGCACUGAGACACACAGGAUAAUUCAACCGAUAACAGGCGUCUUUUUUUUUAUUUUUUUUUUAUUAUGAUUGUGUCUUUUUUUUUCUUUUCGUUCACCACCUCCCGUUGCCCGGCCGAGGCUGGGACUCGACAGGAUGAU